AUGGGCACUCUCUUGGGACACCUGGUUCCAGGGCUGGCCAUCUUUUUUGUUGGGCUCUACUAUGCAGUGACGGUGUCCCAGGCCCUUUUGCGAGGCCAGAAGCUCCUCUUCCUCCCACUGCCCCCAAGGAACAAGCAAGGCCAGAGGUGGUGGCCGCGAGUGCGUGUGGAGGGAAUAGUGAAGAUGGCAGCUGGAGUGACACUGAUCUUGGGAGAAUUCUUUCCACCUGGAACCAACCGUUUCGCCCUGAUGGACUGGGAGGACCCCCGGCGGCCUUUCCAGAAUCACAGCUCGUGGCAGCAUGCCACCAUCUUUGGGUUCUUCCUGUUUAGUGCCCUCAUAGACCUCAUGAGCCAGGUGUGGCUGGCCCAGCAGAGCAUGAAGCUGGAGCGCGCGGCCACAGCCUUGGCCCUGCUUGUGACGCUGCUGGAAAUGAUCGCCCACAUCGAGCACAAGAAUGCCCUGGAGAUCCGAGUGCACGCCCUGCUGCUGUUGCCCAUCUUCCUGCUGGCCCUGGUGUUCAUCAUCGAGGUCUGGGUCCCCGGGCAGCCCCCACUCUGGGUGCUCAAGGCCUGGCUGACGCUGGUGUCUGGCUCCUGGAUGCUGCAGAUGACCUCCAUCCUGUACGCCCCACUCUCCGGGCAGCCCUGGAGGGCAGACAGCCCCAGCGACCUUGCCUUUGUCACCACCUUCUUCUGCUGGCAUCUGGGCUUAGGGGCUGUUGUGUUGGCUGCCAUCUAUGGCCUCUGCAGCUUCUGUCACCAUCGCCGCUCCUCCUGGGUGGGAUUCCCAGCAGCCAAGUACCAGCCGUGCCCCAUAGGAGACCGAAGCGGAGAACUGGAGGAGCUCAGGGCAGAGGUCGUGCUACAGGAUGGAGACAUCUAA